AUGGCAGAGGCAGACAAGCGCCGCAGGCGAAAGGGGCGGGGAGCUCGGAGGCCCCGCCUCGGAGCCAAACUCCCUGGGCCGCCCGCCCGCCCGCGCUCCCCCGGCCUCUCAGCUUCCCCGCCAAGGCCCACGCCCGCCACGCCCCCACGCCCGAAUCAGCCCAGCCCUCCCGACGCCUCUCCCUUCCUUGCCACAGGACACCCGGCCUCUGCCGCCGGCCCAAAAGCCGUGCUCAGCUCGCGAAAGAGCUCAGGUUUGCGCCGCAGGAGACGAGGGACCGCUGCCCUUCCCCGGGGACGCGCAGCGGGAAGGACGCUGCAGCCCGGCUCGGCCGCCCCGCCCCCUCGUCUCCUCCCCUCUCCUCCCCUCCGCUCCCAGGCGCCCGUCCCGCCAUUACCUGAGUGCUGCGCCGAGUGGCCGCCGCGCCGCCUCGAGCUCGCUCUUGUGCGCUCUCCGCCUGUGGAGCCGGCGUCCUCGGGCUCCCGGACCCGCCGCUGCCGCCGAGCGGAGAGCGGACGGGCCUGCCCCUCGGGGGCCGCUGAGGCCUCUGGGAAAUGUAGUCCCAGAUGCCGAGAGGGCGGGCCUGGGCGGGGCGUCCGGGCGACCGGGCUGGGGCAACACACCCCUUUGCUGCGUAAAGUCGGUUCUGCAUUUUCUCUUUGCCUAGUAAAAAGCUCAUACCCUUUUGCCUCAGCUGACGCCACAAGGUUUCAUUUUCCCGAGGGCGGUGCGGCGCGGGAAAAGAGGCCACGGCCCGCAAAGCCUGAGCAUCGUGGGAAGAUCGGGUGGGCGGAACUGAAGCGACUCUAUCGGGUUUGCGCCCGGCGCGCUGCGUCGGGAGCUGCACACCAGGCCGGACCCGCUCAGGAGCCGAGCACCUUCGGGUUAAAGCCGGCUCGGAGAGGGGCCUUUGGCGCAGGACUCCGGCACGGUGCACCUGCUCGGUUUUUCCAGAUUACGAAGAAGCGGAGGGAGGCGGUGGUGUUUUGUUGUUUUGUUUGGGGUGGAGGGAUGGAGUUUAUACAGCUGCAGCAGACUUAGCCAAAGCUGCCGGAGCAAAAUCUGAAUCUGACAAUAGAGUUAAUGUCCCCCUCCUCCCUUCCCAGAUGGUAAUUUAGAUCUGGAGUUUUGUGUUAAGAAAUAAAUGGGGCUCGCAUCCCUUCUUCCUGUC